AUGCAGAAUAUAUCGACGCAGGUCGUCAAACCUCUCCGUGGGUGGUACAUCCGUCUUCGCGCGCCGUCGUUCCCGCCAAACACAUACAUAUCUCUCCUGCCUGUCCCGAGAGCAUCACCACAUCACACCCAGGCGGCGCUUUGCUUUUCAUGUCCCACGACUCUCCCCUCCAUAUUCCCUCGUCCACGACAACUGGAUUCGCCAUCACCGUCACGAAAACCAGCACCAAUAAAUACAUCACCAGCUCCGUCAUCAUCGUCCGCAAACUCGUCGAGGUCCGGUUCCCAACCUCCCCUCAUCGCUUUCUCGCCCGAAUCGAGCCGCAAUCCCUCAGUGGACAACUUCGCAAUCUCCAACUCGCCACCAUCACCUACCUCUCCCACACUACCUUCCGAAUCCGCCUCGUCAGCACCAGUAGUCGACGGUCAACCCGAGACGCCAACACCGACCUCGAACUUGUUCAACCUCCCACCCAUCGACACCAACCUAGACAAGACUCCGACCGCACAUUCGCAUUCUCAAUCGCGACCCGAAUCGCAAACCUUUCCCGAAGCUGAAGCUGAUCCCCAACCCUCCUCGCAAUCUCACACAUACCCACCACCCACUCCACCAUCCAUCCUCGUCUCACCUCCCUCUCCAAAAUCAGUCCACGCAAAACUUGAUGCCCUAGUCGCUUCUCCGGCCACUUAUGUUGGCGAUCCAGAGACGAACGUCUUACCGACGACAGGUCCGCCUGGAUCCUCGCGACGGAGUGAUUCUUCGCCGGGUGCAGGAGGUAGUGGACGAGGAAGAGGAGUCGCGAAGUUGAGGCCUGUGAUGACGGAGUUCGUCUUAGCUCCAUUCUUCCCCGGCGUGGAUGACGGGUCCGACCCUUCCCCAUCCGCCAAUGCUGCAGGAGGAGGAGGAGGGGUCGGAGGGUUCUUCGCUCGAGCACUCAAAGCCAUCCGAAACAAUGCUGUUCCUGCGUCCCCCGCGAGUUCGUUCACCAUGUCCGUUAUCCCUCCGCCGCCUCCGCCACCUCCACCUUCCCCACCACUGCCUGCCCUUCCUUCCGAAAAUGAAAGUGGUUUGGAAAGGACAUCACUUUCCGAUGAUCCGUAUUCUGUUCCUAUCCCACCAACUCCACCUCCAAAACCCGACGGGUCAUUCGCGCCUCUGCCCCCUCCGAAAGAUGUAUUCUCAUCCCUACCCCCAAUUGCACCCAUGCGCGCACCCACCCUAGCACUUGCACCCCGUCCCCCUCCCUUCUCCUCCUCCCCUUCCUCCUCUUCCACUUUACCGCCUUCACCGAGACCCGUCCCAAUCCCACUAAUAACCUACCGCGACACGACCCCCUACUUCACCUUCAACUCCACCUCUGGUCUCCUAGAGCUCGAUAUCCGCCUCCUCGCACAUACGGCGACGAAUACGAGUCGACAGAGACAGGCGAGGAACGAGACGGGGCCGCCUCCUGCGCGGUCACCUUCGCCUACCGUUUCUACGUUCGCGGUUCCUUCCAGUAGCGACGCCAAUGUGGGUCCUGGUGGCUCGUUGGGCAAUGGAGGCGCUGGGCCGCAGGUGAAUGGACAGGAUAAUUGUGGUAACGGGCCGCGAGGGGAUGGGGUGAGAGACGGAGGGAUAGGAUGGGAAGGAGGCGGAGGGGUCGAUAUUGGGUUUUGGGUGGCGGUGGCGCUGGUUUAUACGGAGUUUUUGGGAGAUAGGGAGAGUUGGCUUGCGGCUGCGGGGGACGAUUGGGCUUGAUUGUUUGGUUGGGGUUGAGGCUGAGGCUGGAGUGUGGCGGUUGGGAUUUCUCGGCGGGGCUGUGUUCGCGGAAUUUGGCACGGGUUGGAGGAAGAUGCACGGAGUUUGAGAGGGGUCAUGGUGAUGUGGUGGGCGAGAGAGACGCGAGUACGGGUUGACCUAGAUGUGAUGCAGGACACGGACGAAAUUAGUAUGGUAUUGCGGUCUCAGGUUGGUCGAUCAGAGGUU